ACAAGGGCUUCUGGGAGAUACAAUGGGCAGUUUUGAGCAGAAUGUAACAUCUGCAAUAACACAGCACUGAGAUGAGAUGGUCGUGCAUGCAUGCAGCUGCAGGCACAAAUGCAUUGGGCUCUCAUGUGAGCGGCUGCCUGCAGUGGGGAGGCUGAUUGAGCGCUUGUGUGACCGUGUGUGAGAGCGUGUUUUAAUUCAGCCUCACAAAGCCUCUUCCAAGGAGAGGCUUCUGAAUUCAUCACACAACGGCAAGGUCUCUGCUUGUAUCUGACAAUGUUUCGCAAAAAGAAAAAGAAGAGGCCAGAAAUUUCAGCACCGAAGAACUUUGAGCAUCGUGUUCACACGUCUUUUGAUGCGAAGCGAGGAGUCUUCGUCGGCCUUCCUACACAAUGGCAGAGUUUAAUCGAGAACCUCCGCAGACCCAAACCGAUGGUGGACCCGUCCAGAAUAACACCAGUGGAGCUCAAACCAAAGAAGACCAUCGUGCGAGGAAGUAUGAUUGGCCACGGAGACUACAUCUCAGCCGUGCUGUCAGACAUGAACCGCCUGUCGGUCACCAGCUCCAACUCUCUGCGCAAGAGCAGCCCGUCGGCACGCAAGAGAGCACAGUCGCUAGGCCGCCUCGGGGAGGUGAGCGAGGGUGACACGUAUCAGUAUGAAGGACUGGAGCCGUCUCGGGAUGAACCGGACGCUCGCUGGGGCGACAGGUCACGGAUCAUCCACAGUGAAAGCGGGACACCGUACAUGGGUCUAAAGAAAAGCAUCACGCUGCAGCCCAACGGCAUGCUGCCCAGAGCAAAGUCCACCUAUGAGGUCAGCACGAGCUCUUUGGAGGGGCCUCCACCUCCUCCGGUCCUUCCCGCACCUCCUCCACCCCCCAUCCCAGUCCCAGAGCCCCUCAGAACUAUGUAUAUGGGUGGAGAUGUUGGGAGUCCAACCGAGAGACUCAUGAUGAGAAGAGAGUUUCCCAUUGUGUUCACACACAACCACAGACCCAUUACCUAUUUCUACAGUCCCACAAUGCCCAUGCAGCAGCCUCACGGAGACAGCGGGGGUCUCACUCCUGAUAUGAGAACUGCAAACAGACUACUGGUACACCUGCAAAACAGCCCUGGGAGACCGUACUCCUCAUAUGACCUGAAGACCGAUGCUAUGAGGCACCAGCCAGGCUAUAUGCACAGCGGUACCAGCAGUCCACUCGUGAGUGGCACCAGACCACACAAAACCGUCCGUUCUUCUUCUAGCUACACUAUAGGACUCUCAUCCAACAUUAGUUAUCGACCCACCGGUCCAGACCCCUUUAUGAGACACUCUGGCUGCCCAAACCCAGGACUCUACCCCAGACAGGACAGCCCGUCCCAGCCCAGACCCUCACCCACCGGUUCCCUGGCCAACAGCCCCCUAGGAACCUGUUCCCCUGCAUUCAGACCCCCUCAACACCCCUCUCCACGACCCCCGCCCGACCCGCCCAAAGUGACCCAUGAGCAGUUCAAGGCCGCCUUGCAGAUGGUGGUGGAUAAAGGAGAUCCGCGCUCGUACCUGGAGAACUUUGUGAAGAUCGGAGAAGGUUCCACGGGUGUGGUGUGCAUCGCCUGCGAGAAACACAGUGGACGGAUGGUGGCAGUCAAGAUGAUGGAUUUGAGGAGACAGCAGCGGCGAGAACUUCUCUUCAAUGAGGUGGUAAUCAUGAGAGACUAUCAGCACAGGAACGUGGUGGAGAUGUUCAAGAGUGCUCUUGUGGAGGAAGAACUCUGGGUAAUCAUGGAAUAUCUUCAGGGAGGAGCUUUAACCAACAUUGUGUCAGAAACCAGGUUGAGCGAGGAGCAGAUCGCUACAGUGUGUGAAGCCGUGCUGCAGGCGCUCGCGUAUCUCCACUCACAAGGUGUCAUCCAUCGAGACAUCAAGAGCGACUCUAUCCUGCUCUCACUGGACGGCAGAAUCAAGCUGUCAGACUUUGGAUUUUGUGCCCAGAUCAGUAAAGAUAUUCCAAAGAGGAAGUCUUUAGUGGGCACUCCAUACUGGAUGGCUCCAGAAGUCAUCUCAAAAUCACCUUACGGCACUGAGGUGGAUGUUUGGUCUUUGGGAAUCAUGGUGGUGGAGAUGGUGGAUGGAGAACCUCCAUAUUUCAGUGAAACUCCUGUGGCUGCCAUGAAGAGACUGAGAGACGAGCCGGCGCCAACUGUACGCAACGAUAAUCAGGUGUCUCCGGUGCUGAAGGAUUUUCUGGACCGUAUGUUGAUGCGAGAUCCACUGGAGCGAGCCAGCGCCACCGACCUCCUGGAGCAUCCGUUCCUCCUGCAAGCCAGCUCGCCGCAGUGCCUGGUGCCCCUAGUGGAGCAAUACCGCAAGCGCAUGUCUCGCUGCUGAAGUUCCCUUCAUUAGCACCAGCUCGUUCACACGGAGGCCCCUGAGGGCCCCUCACAGUGUUAGAUGCCCUGCCGAGUGGAAAAUAAAAACCAGGAGCAAACUGAGUGGCUUUGUUGGGCAGCUAGUCUUCAAGAGUGAAAAUCACCUUUUUUUCUUCAGAGGAAUAAGGAUUUUGGUGGUUGUUUUGGUGCAUUUAGGUGCAUUAAUGAACUCUUUUGGCUAAUUUGGUGCCGCUUUUAGUUACUAAGAAGUACUCUCAGGUCUGUUUAACACAUUUUUCCCAUGCUUAACGACCCCACGAAGUCAGUGAAAUUGUGUAGCUUUUAGCUCAUAUUUGUCAGCUUUGAGGUCAUUUGCUAGUGAACUUCUAAACAGUUGCAAAAUUAACUUUUAACUCACCAAAAAUGAAAAUUAUUAAGACAUUAUUUACAUACCUUCGUGUCAUUCCAAACCCAUAUGCUAUUUUUUUUUUCUUCUGUGGAACACAACGUAGACUUUUUUAAGAAUCUUCACAUAGAUCUUUCAUUUCCAUACAACAACCGUUUGUGACCACGAGCUGUUGAGCACCAAAAGCACCAUUAAUGUAGUCCAUACCAAGGGUUUUCAAACUGUUUGAUGCAAAAUAGUAAAUGUGAUAUUAUAAAAACAUGUUGUAUGCCAAAUUAAAUAACUGAUUUUUACAUUGUGAUUGUAUUUUUAUUUUUAAAUUUUUUUCUCCCCAAUUUGGAAUGCCCAAUUCCCAAUGCGCUCUAAGUCCUCAUGGUGGUGUAGUGACUCGUCUCAAUCCGGGUGGCGGAGGACGAAUCUCAGUUGACCGUCAAUCCGCGCAUCUUAUCUCGUGGCUUGUUGAGCGUGUUACCACGGAGACGUAGCACGUAUGGAGGCUUCACGCUAUUCUCCACGGCAUCCACGCACAACUCACCACGUGCCCCACCGAGAGCGAGAACCACAUUAUAGCGACCACGAGGAGGUUACCCCAUGUGACUCUACCAUCCCUAGCAACCGGGCCAAUUUGGUUGCUGAGGAGACCUGGCUGGAGUCACUCAGCACGCCCUGGAUCAAACUCACGACUCCAGGUGUGAUAGUCAGCGUCAAUAAUCGCUGAGCUAACCAGGCCCCCGAUUGUGAUUGUAUUAAAGUAAAAUUAAUUAUACAAAUUUUAUAAGGAAAUUAAAUAUUUAUUUUAUUAAGCUGGCAGUGUGUGACUUUUUUCUAUUAAUAUAAGAUGUCUAAACCUGAAUAGCACUUUUCCCAAUAAAUAUUGUCUCAAAGCAGCUUAACAGAGAUUAGUGAUGUACUACCGUUUUCUUUUCAUAAUAUAUUAAAUUAAGUGCAGAUUUCUUUUUAUUUCUAACUGUUUAAAACUAUGACUGUCAAUGGAACAAUAUAAUCAUGAUUAAUCUCAUGAUUUCAGAGUAAAACCUGUGCCAAGUCAAAUAUGUGGAUCAUGGAUGGUCCGCUGUGGUGACCCCUAACGGGAGCAGCCGAAAGAAGAAGAAGAAGAAUCUCAUGAUUUCAGAAUGAAACUGUAAUAAUGCGAAAAUGUUACAAAAUGUUACACUUUUUUUUUUUUCUGAAAUUUUUUCACAGAAACCCCUAGCGGACCUGUUUGAAAACUCCUGGUCCAUACAGCUCAACUCUCGAAUUAAAUUUGGUGCCUAUAUGGCACAGGUUGACAUCUGAUGUUAUUGAUAUUCAACCUGCAUGUUACUGGACAAUUACGGCAACAGACGGAAGAAAUGUGCGCUUGCCAAGCCAUUUCAUGGGGUCUUUAAAAUCCAUUUUGCAGAUUUCCCUCCAGUACCAGCACCGAAAAUGUAAAAAGUCUGCCGAUUCAGUGUGGGCUUGAAAGAGACUUUACGCCACGGUAGCCACACGUCUCGACUGUGUUUUCCCACAGCAAACCGAUGCUUAAGACUGGCUUGCAUGGCUGAACUGUGGCACACUUCGCUUAAAUCUUAAUUUGAGGAAAGGAAGCUAACGACAAAACUGAUGUCAUUUGUUUUCAGCACUGACAGGUGCAGAAGGUUUUUAUGAGCCAUUGUAAGCAAUUGUACAUAUUUUAAUGACUUAUUAUUUUUUUCCAGUGGAUUGAGCACCUGCUUUUCAAAAGGGUGCUGUGAAUGGUUUGUAAACUGUAAAUAUUGCACCAGAGCUUGAAAGAUUAUUCUUUCUGAAACUGCUCCGAUUUUAAAUCAGCUACUGUAAAAGUGUCAUGCGAACAAAUAAUGCACAUAAUCAUAGUGGGAAACAAACCCAUAUUUGCAUUCAUUUGCAAUGUAAUUUAAUUAUGAGAGAUGAAAGGAAAUUAUUGUUUAAAUUUUGUUUAUUUGUGUGUGUAUGUGUAUGUUUACACUUUGGAUGCAGCGUUCAUUGGGAUAUUUCUGCAUCCUGUUGUACUGUGACAUUUCCAGAAUUCUCACACUGUAACUUCAUGAGUAGAGAAGAGAGAGAGAUUCAUUUAAGGGACGUUCACACAGUAUGCGCUCCUAUUUUCCGUCUCCAUGGAACUGCUAAGUUGUUUGUGAAUUUGUGAUUCAAGAGCAGCAGCAGAGAUUACCAGUGAAUAAUAACUUAAACAUAGCACACAAUUCUUACUUUUAUGCUUUUUUUUGUCCUUUUUGAAGCUCGUCAGUCAUGGCAUCUCAAGUUGUAAGUAGUUUUAAAAAUGUGUCCCAAGACCGCUAUCUUCUAUUCCAUUCUGUUGCGCUCUGUGCAGCUGUUUUGCAAGUACACGUUCUGUGUGAACGGCCCUUUAUAUUUUGCACAGCUCUGUGAAUAUGAUGUUGAAAUGAUCAGAGCAGCUGUGAACACACGACUCAUCUCACCUUCUCUCCAAAACAUGUUUUGUGCGCUUGUGUUGGUAUGUUUGUUGUUCAUGGAAAGAGAAAUAUACAUACAUUUUUUAAACGAAUAAAUCCUGAAUAU